AUGGCUUCUUUGUGCAGGCAAAUUAUCCGGGGAAAUGCCCUUAAAAGUGUUCUUUUAUCCACUGCCCGACGGGGAUAUGCUGAUAAAAUGAUGCCUGAUCCCCUCGAGCAUGCAACAGGCUUGGAAAAGAAGGAACUGUUAGCUUUGCAAUCUGGUAAUGAUGAUCCCUUCAACAUGAAGGUCUUACAGAAGGCUGCUGGUACUCGUGAUAAUCCCACACUUGUACCAUCUUGCUUUGAUGCCCGUAUUGUAGGAUGCAUAUGUGAAGAACACUCCACAUCUAUCAACUGGCUUUGGGUACACAAGGAUCAUCCCCGCCGAUGUGAAUGUGGGCACUGGUACAAAUUGAUCGAGAAGGCGCCCUUG